CCCACGAGGGACCGCGGCGGGAAAGGCCCGCCGCUGGGGCAGCCUCGCGAGGCAGGCGCUCUCAGGCGAGAGGGAGAGCCGAGGAGCGCCCGGCAGCCGCGCCACCAUGUGCGAGCUGUACAGCAAGCAGGACACCCUGGCGCUGAGGAGGAAGCACAUCGGGCCUUCAUGCAAAGUGUUCUUUGCUGCGGAUCCCAUCAAAAUAGUGCGAGCCCAGGGGCAGUACAUGUUUGACGAGAGAGGUGAACAGUACCUGGACUGCAUCAACAACGUGGCGCACGUGGGACACUGUCACCCGGAAGUGGUCACGGCUGCCCUGAAACAGAUGGAACUGCUAAACACAAAUUCUCGAUUCCUUCAUGACAAUAUUGUUGAGUAUGCCAGGCGCCUUUCAGCAACCCUGCCGGAGAGGCUCUCUGUUUGCUAUUUUACAAACUCAGGAUCUGAAGCCAAUGACUUAGCCUUACGCUUGGCUCGGCAGUUCAGAGGCCACCAAGAUGUGAUCACUCUUGACCAUGCUUACCAUGGUCACCUAUCAUCUUUAAUUGAGAUCAGUCCAUACAAAUUCCGAAAGGGCAAAGAUGUCAAGAAAGAAUUUGUGCAUGUGGCACCAACUCCAGAUACUUACAGAGGAAAAUACAGAGAAGAUCAUGCAGACCCAGCUGGCGCUUAUGCAGAUGAAGUGAAGAAAAUUAUUGAAGAAGCUCAUAACAGUGGAAGGAAGAUUGCUGCCUUUAUUGCUGAAUCCAUGCAGAGUUGUGGCGGACAAAUAAUUCCUCCAGCAGGCUACUUCCAGAAAGUGGCAGAAUAUGUACACAGAGCAGGAGGUGUGUUUAUAGCUGAUGAAGUUCAGGUGGGCUUUGGCCGAGUUGGAAAACAUUUCUGGAGCUUCCAAAUGCAUGGUGAAGAUUUUGUUCCAGACAUUGUCACGAUGGGGAAACCAAUGGGCAAUGGCCACCCAAUGGCAUGCGUUGUAACAACCAAAGAAAUUGCAGAGUCCUUCAGCAGUUCUGGGAUGGAAUACUUCAAUACGUAUGGAGGAAAUCCAGUAUCUUCUGCUAUUGGUUUGGCUGUCCUGAAUGUAAUUGAAAGUGAAGACCUUCAAGGAAAUGCCACAAGAGUGGGGGAUUAUCUUACUGGAUUACUCAAUAAACAGAAGGCUAAACAUACUUUAAUAGGAGAUAUCAGGGGCAUUGGCCUGUUUAUUGGAAUUGACUUGGUGAAAGACCAGCAGAAAAGGACCCCCGCCACAGAUGAGGCUCAACAUGUCAUCUACAAGAUGAAAGAAAAGCAAGUGCUUCUCAGUGCCGACGGACCUCAUAGAAAUGUGCUUAAAAUAAAACCACCUAUGUGCUUCACUGAAGAAGAUGCCAAGUUUAUGGUGGACCAACUCGAUGAGAUUCUAACAGUUGUGGAAGAAGCCAUCGGAGCCAAAAGUGAGAGUAUGACCUCUGAGAAUACUCCGUGCAGAACAAAGGUACCUCAUGGACACUUAAAAGUAUACUAGCACGUCUGCAAAUCUUAUCCUGACAAGGAGACCUUAAAAAGGAUUAGACUUGAACGCGUCUUCUGGAAUGACAUGCCAAGAGCACUGCACACCAUCUGAAGCCAAGUCAACUAGACAUGGCUGAACAUAAUUUUUUCCCCUUUGUACCAAAUAUAAUGGUGCAGAGUGACCCUUAAUGUGGAAGGGAAAACUGGCACUUGGAUUUCCAAUAACAUUAAAAUAUUCCCGAGUUUAUCUUUUUUUAAUUAAAUAAACCCAGUCAUUCCAGGAUUUUCUCAUAGAAACCUAUUUCCCAAGCAUUGAUUUUUUUUUAAUUCAAGGUUAAUUAUGUAUGAAAUAUAGUUUAUACAUGAUAAAUUUCAUCCAUUGUAAGCAUAUGGAUUAACAGUGUCUUUCAUAUUUGACAAACAUAUAUGAAGAGUACAGAAGUAGCCAGAACCUCUUCUUUCUGGUCUAUGGCCAGUGUAUGUUUGAUUCCAGGAGCCAUGGUUGUCAGGAUAAACUAUAUGUUUGAUGUAAAGUCUCAGAGAGGUAAGAAUAUUUGAGUUCUCUACAGAUCUAAGUGGUGCUUCUGGAGUUUAUAUUCUGUACUAUUCGGCUCUGGCUGCCAUAACAAAAUACAAUAGACUAGGUGGCUUAAACAACAC